CCGACCAGCGCGUCCCACACUCCUCGAGCGCAGCGGUCCACGGUUCGUGUCUCUCCUGCGUCGUCUGCCCUGACAGUCGGAGAACCCAGGCGUCUCGCGUGUUUAUUGUGUCUGUGAUGCGUGUGACCUCUGCCGGCUGACCACAGGGGGUGACAUUGGCUCCAUUGUUGCGGCAUGGCGCAGGCGGCGGUGCUACGGGCGCAGAACCGGGCCAGCCACAAGGGUUCCGACCCGCGGGUCGCUACUUGCAGAGGCAAGCUCCAGAGCAAGCGCUCCAAGCUCAACCAGGAGAUCAACAAGGAGCUGCGUCUGCGAGCCGGCGCGGAGAACCUCUUCAAGGCCACAACGAACCGCAAGCUCAGGGAGACGGUAGCCCUCGAACUGAGCUUCGUCAACUCGAAUCUGCAGCUGCUCAAGGAGCAACUGGCGGAACUCAACAGCUCUGUGGAGAUCUACCAGAAUGACAGCUUGGAACCUGUUAUGCCCAUGAUCCCAUUGGGCCUGAAAGAGACCAAAGAAAUAGACUUCAGAGAUCCGUUCAAGGACUUCAUCUUGGAACAUUAUAGUGAAGAUGGUUGUCAAUAUGAAGAUGCCAUUGCAGAAUUUAUGGACAUUAGACAGGCAAUGCGGACACCUCUCCGUGACAGCUCUGGUGUAGCUCUUUUAUUCCAGUAUUACAAUCAGCUGUACUUCGUGGAGAGGCGAUUCUUCCCACCAGACAGAAGUCUGGGUAUAUACUUCGAAUGGUACGAUUCCUUGACGGGAGUGCCCAGCUGCCAGAGGACGGUGGCAUUCGAGAAGGCAUGUGUACUGUUCAACAUUGGGGCUAUAUAUACACAGAUAGGUGCCAAGCAGGACAGGCUCACAUCCAAAGGCUUAGACAGUGCCGUUGACAGCUUUUUGAGGGCAGCUGGUACAUUCCGCUACAUCCAUGAGAAUUUUACUAAUGCUCCCAGCAUGGAUUUGGGUCCUGAAAUGCUUGAUAUGUUGGUACAACUCAUGCUGGCUCAGGCUCGUGAAUGCUUAUUUGAGAAGCUUGAGCUCCAGUCAAGAGAUCGUAGAGAUAUAGAUGUUUGCCUUGACCUCUCCCAAGAAGCAGCACAGGUGUCCGAUGUCUAUGGCAAAGUCCACUCGCUGAUAUCGUGUCCACCUGUUAAGGACUAUGUUCCGUACUCCUGGGUCUCUCUAAUUCUUGUGAAAAGAGAACACUAUUGUGCUCUAUCACAUUUUCAUGCAGCAAAAGGCGUCCUGAGUGAGAAACUUGACUCCAUAGGUGCUCGCACACGCGAGACUCUCCAGUUUUUGCAUGCAGAAGGUGACACGAGGACACAACUAGACAUAAGACUUCCACAGGAUGAUGCAGAAAGAAAACUACUUGGUCGAGCUCAUUUGCGUGAGGCAUUACUUCUUCAUGAGGAGAGUCAGAGGUUGUUCCGUAUGUGCCGAGAGCUACGUGGAAAGGCAGCCCUUUCAGUUGUUCUAAAAAUAAGUCACCAGAAUGCACUUGAAGCGUACACUACUGCUGAAGAAGAAGAUGAUUUCCGGGAGCUUCUAGAACCACCUCACAUUCUGCCAUCUACAAAGUUCCAACUAUCCUUGACACCUCCAGACUUCUCGCAACACCGAGUGGAAGACCUGUUCCGUGGUUUGGGUCCUGUUGCCAUUUUCUCUGCCAAACAUCACUGGACAGCACCACGUUCUGUUCAGUUGCAGAGGCUUGGUGGUGAAGGUUUUGGCUUCAGUGUCAGAGGUGAUGGACCAGUCAUAAUAGCUGGUGUUGACCAAGGCAGUCUAGCUGAUUUUGGUGGAAUGAAGGAAGGGGACUUCAUUGUGGCAAUUGCUGAUCGGGAUGUUAAAUGGUCCCCGCAUGAAGAAGUGGUAAAACUCAUAAAGCAGGCUGGUGAUACUUUGAGCCUCAAGCUAGUCACACCAAUGGACAGAAAUUACUUAAAGCAGCCAAAGGGUGGACCAAAAGGCUCAGUAUCAAAUAGCAGCUCAAGUUCUGGCGUAUCUAGUGGGCAACCUAGUCCUGCAGGAACUGUCGCUGGACACUCUCAUAAAAAACUCACGUGGAAUCCUUUCAAGAGAGCUUCAGGUCACAGAGACUCAAAGGAGCAGGGUUAUGAAGCCAAUGUUAUUCUCAGAUGAAUUUAAUUACAAUUUCAAGAUGAUCUGAUAAAUGUUGUAGGGAAGCGAGUAAAGCAAAAUCAAGAUCUUAAAUAUGGACAUAGACACAUGUUCAAUUUGCUUCUUUUCAAUUCUGUAAUCCAUUUACAAAAGAGAAGGAAUGUCACAGUGCCUAUUUUUUCAUUAGUUAAACAAACUGGUUUUGUGUUUCAUCCCUUUUUCUGCAUCCUGAGAAAGUGUGUGUGGACUAUUUCUGUUUUGUUUUGGGAAGUGCACAUGUUGAAACUCUUGUAACCAUGCAGGUAUUGUGAUUUAAAUUGCUUACUCAGUUAGUGUAAACCUUCCCAAAUUAGUGUAAUGCACUCUCAAAUAUGCAACCUUGCGUAGGUGGUGCAACUUCCCAAAGUUACCGUUUUGAGUUAAGAUAUUCUAAAUGAAAAUCAUUGUGUUGUUUAUCAUUGACUUAAGAUAUUUGUAUCUUAUAAAUAUUUAAUUGAUAAAUACUUUUUUCAUUUCAGUGUGAGUAGAAACACUGAACAGUGAAACUCAAAUACAAGAAUAUAUUGUGCAUGUACAGACUAUUAGGACCCAGGCAUAUUGUAGUUGAAACAGUGUUGCUGCAAUUUAAUGUUGUAUAUAAGACAACUGACGCAAAAGUCUGUGAAUACAAAGACGUUACAGUUGUGAAUAUAGCUGAUGGACUGUACUAUAAACAAUAAUUUCAAGUUGUUGAGAUUUUAUCGAGUUGCAUGUUGCAAUACUGUUGUAAUGAUGUCAUAUAAUUCGAUGUUCUGUACAUUGCAAGAAGAAGACUGAAGUUGUAUGGAUUUACAUGUAGAAAGGAAAGCACUGCUGUGCCAAGUGUAAAAAUAAAUUCUCCCACUUUAUACUCUGUUGUAUACAUAUAUUUUUCAUGUAGUUUUAAAAUUCUUACUUGUACUGCUAUCUGAAAUGUAAUUUAAAACUUUUAUUAAUUAGUUUUAUUGUUGACAGAAAUCUAUUAUAAAAAAUCCAAACAUUUAGUGGCAGAUAUCUGUUGACAUGUCAAUAUCAGUUUUAUUUACUAUGUAUCAGUACAAAAGUUUCAAAUUUGAAGAUGUUUUAUUACCUCUGUUAA